AUGUCCAAUGUUUCGUUGAACACAAUUCUUGAACCAGAAGCUACGGCCAUGGAAGCAUGGAAUCCACUACGUGAGAUUUUUCAAGACCACCAAAACUCCAGAGGUGUCCUUCUUGAACAAGAAUUUACUACCACCCCAUUGGAGGAUUUCCCGAAUGGCUUCGCCUACUGUCAGCGACUCAAAAGCCUCGCCGACCAACUGAAAAAUGUCAACGCACCGGUGAAGAAUAUCCGACUUGUUCUCUCGUUGGUGUCCGGUCUCACUGAAGCGAACAAGGGGGUGGGUACACAAAUCCGGCAUGCUAAACCCCUACCUCCUUUCAGCGAGGCCCGCUCUUCUCUCCUGAUGGAAGAGCGCGAACUGGCGGCAAUGGCGUCCUAUGGGUCGAAUGCGGCGAUGAUGACCGCUGUGGAUGAUGCUCCAUAG